AAGAUUAGAUAGUGAAUAUUUUAUGGUGAUUCAAGUGCCGCUGUUCAGAGAUUUCGUGGAUUUGAUUUUGUUAGUGAAAAUGAAAGGAAUUUUGCGACAGAUGAGGCUUCUUUUGGUUCUCCUCUUUGUAGGUUCAGCCCUAACAGCAAGAUUGAACGAUCCUUGUGACAUUAGUGCUGAUCCUGACCCAUGUGAAUUCAACACCGAGUGCGUCCCUUCAGAAGAAAAUCCUGCUAACGGUGUCUGCAAAUGCAAACCAAGAUACAGCCCAGAAUCUUCAUCAAUCGGAUGUGUUGCAGCUUUGGAUGCUUUAUCUGCUACAUGCCGAAAAGAUGCUGAAGAUGCUGAUUUCGGUGCUGCGUGCAAUGCGAUUCCAUUUGCCCUUUGUGAACCUGCAACCGGGCCUGUGGCGUGCACUUGCCUGAGGGGCUACAAACCUUCACAAGACGGCACAGUUUGCCUACUUAACAGUUUCAUGGAGCGAUGCCUGGAGAACGCUCAGUGUGCGGAUUUUGAUGAAAAAGCUACUUGCCAAGCAGAGAGAUGUGUAUGUCCCGCAGGCUACGUUCAAGAUACUAAAAAUAUGAAGUGCAAGAAGAGCAAUGGUUUGGGGGAGAGUUGCGAGAUUGAUGAACAGUGUCCAGAAAACGCAAAUUGCAAGAGUGCAAAAUGUGAAUGCAAAGAAAAAUACUUUUUAGAAAGUGGUACUGUAGUCAAAAAAUGCCUGCCAAAGGUAUAUAAAGUUGGCGAUAGAUGUGAAGCAGCGGUUCAAUGCAAUGACCUCAACUUGGAUGGUGAGACUUUAGCUACUUGCGAUGGCCAAAAUAUAUGCGCGUGCCCUGCUGACUACGUUGCUUCCAACGAUGGAACCAAAUGCUUGCUGAAGGUGGCAGGGGAUGAUCCAAACGGCCUGUGUAUCCAGGAUGUGCAAUGUCUUGAUGGCUACUACUGCGAAUAUCCGAAUUGUGCUGCUAUCGAAACACCGUAGAGCCUUUGAUUAUUGAAAAAUGUUCAAAAAAGCUACUAAUUCAUCUAUAAAACCUUAAAUUAUUUGUGGGGAUUCACUUAUUUAAACAAAAACUCGGUAAAUGUGCCUAAUUUUGUAUUCUAGUGUUUUAGAAAUUUUAAUUGAAGAAAACCAAUCAAACAUUAAAAAAAAUUCUGAGCGAAUUUUGAAUAUCAGAGCUAAAUAAAAAAAUAUCCAUCCCCAUUUUUAUAGCACACCAGCAAUAAAUUAGAACUGGUGGCUUCCCCAUUGUAAAGAUCGGUAUAUUUUUACUACUUGCAUUCCAUGGUUAUCAUUUCCUUACGUAUAAAGACAAACGUUUCCAUCUAGAUAUUACUGUCAAUGCCAAUUUUGUGAAGUAGAAUGUUCAUUUUUCUCAGUUAUAAAAAUAGUAUUAUUUUACA